GGGGAGUGGGAGGGGUGGGGGGUGAGGGGAGAGGCGAGAGGUUUAGUGUGUGGAGCUGCCUGCGCUCCGCCCGGGCUGUCAGUCCCGGCUCCAGCCGCCGCGAGACCUUCCCGGAGACGCGCGCACACACAGCGCACCCCCUGCACGCCGCACACCCUCGCUCCCUUGCUCACACACACGCACACCCUCAGCCUGGCCGAGCAGGAGCCACUGACCAUUUUGCAAGUGCCCUGACCAGCUGCAGCGUGGUGGGCGCGAACAUCCCGCGCUCCCUUUUGGAGCUUUAGUCUAGGAGACGACGACGAGGGAAGAAGGUGGGCUCGGACGCAGCCCAGGGGCCGGGCGCUGGUCGGGCCGUUUUCCUGUCAGAGCCGCUCCCCGGGACGGGCGCGGGCCUCGGCUGAGAGUAGAAUAAAGAGGAGCGGCCGCAGCCGCCGCGUGAGGACGAUGGGAACUCCCCUAUUUACAGCUCUGGAAACAAAUGGAUGGAAGUCCUGAAUGGAACAACUGCUUACUUCAUCUGCUUGGAAAAAUCGUCCAGAGGAACUCAUAUUUGGCUACUCAGAGCAGUGAUGGGGGUGUCCGUGACGUGGCAGGGGGAAAACAGACAACUGAAACCUCCCGUGUGAACUGCAAACUGUGACCAAGCAAGGGGAAAACGAUCUGUCUCUAUUUCUUGCAAAAGGUUUCAAGCAUCUGUAUCCUAAACUUACUUCUAUGUCUUGUACCCAGUUCAGCAGAAACCAGAGGAGAGUCCUGUCUGGGGGUCCCAUCGUUAUCCCGGAGACCCGCCGCCAGCGGCCUGCCUUCGUUUACCCACAUCCCCCUGGAACGGAUAUCUGUUUGGGGCAUUACAAUUUAUCCUGUAGAACUAUGGCCAGAUCUCCAUCACUGCUUUGCUAAUUUCUGGGACUUAACUCGUAGAAUCUACAUGCAGGGCUGGAAUUUAUUCCAAGUGUAUCUGAAGAAAUGACAUUUUAAACCGUUUUUUAAAUACCUUGAUUUAAAAAAAUUCCUGUGAAAUAGGAUUUGAUAGGUUUAAAAACAUGACAGGUAAGAACUUUCUCUCUUUCUAGUCCCUUGACACCCGUUUUGGGGAAAGUCAAAGAGAAACAGGACUCAGGAGGAAGGAGAGAUUGAGGACCCGUGUGUCCUUUGGGGCUCUCAGGCGCUAGGCGGGCGGCUGCUUUCGGGAGAGGCGCAGCCCUCGCUCCUGGACCACGGGGCCAGUGGCUGGGGAAGCUUCUGGGGCGCGCGCGGGGAGGCGGCGCUGCGCUCCACCUGCUCAGCCCCGGACGCAGCCCGGGGGCGAGGCGUCGAGGGACCACCCCAAUUCAAUAUUGGGAUUUUUAAUAAACCAAGGAAUGGGAUUUUAAUUAUUCAAAACCCAGCUCCUCUGGGUCAGAAUGCUGUUGGGAUGGUCCUGGUCACACAAUAUUAAAGAGACCGAUCGCUAAGAGGACAGGAAAAGCAUCCGAGACCGCCGUUGCAAUUACGAAUGGACCAGACUUGGUAGCACAGGACAUUGAUUGCUGGUGCCCAACUGGACCCUCCUCCCCUCUCCCCAUCCCUUCCCCCACCCGAGGCAGGCUCCCGCGGCGGCCGGGACCUCGCGUCCCUGCAACGUGGCGGGGGCUGCAUUUUUCAUGAGCCCAGGGUGAACAGGUGCGAAGUGCGCUGGGAGCAUCCGGCCAGCGGCCGGACGCGGGGAACAUGGAGAGCGAGCGCGACAUGUACCGCCAGUUCCAGGACUGGUGCCUCAGGACUUACGGGGACUCAGGCAAGACCAAGACGGUGACCCGUAAAAAAUACGAGCGGAUCGUCCAGCUCCUCAAUGGCUCCGAGUCGAGCUCCACGGACAACGCCAAAUUUAAAUUCUGGGUCAAAUCGAAGGGCUUCCAGCUGGGCCAGCCGGACGAGGUCCGCGGGGGAGGCGGCGGCGCCAAGCAAGUGCUCUACGUGCCUGUCAAGACCACGGAUGGCGUAGGGGUAGAUGAGAAGCUGUCUUUACGACGGGUAGCUGUGGUUGAAGAUUUCUUUGACAUUAUUUAUUCGAUGCAUGUGGAAACGGGGCCAAAUGGAGAACAAAUUCGAAAACAUGCUGGACAAAAGAGAACUUACAAAGCAAUUUCAGAGAGCUAUGCAUUCCUACCAAGAGAAGCGGUGACACGAUUUUUAAUGAGCUGCUCAGAGUGCCAGAAAAGAAUGCAUUUAAACCCAGAUGGAACAGAUCAUAAAGAUAAUGGAAAACCUCCCACUUUGGUGACCAGCAUGAUUGACUACAAUAUGCCAAUUACCAUGGCCUACAUGAAGCACAUGAAACUGCAGCUGCUAAACUCACAGCAAGAUGAGGAUGAAAGUUCAAUAGAAAGUGAUGAAUUUGACAUGAGUGAUUCAACACGGAUGUCAGCUGUGAACUCUGAUCUUAGCUCCAAUCUUGAAGAGAGAAUGCAAAGUCCCCAGACUCUUCAUGGCCAGCAAGAUGAUGAUUCUGCUGCAGAGAGCUUUAAUGGCAAUGAGACUCUGGGGCACAGUUCAAUUGCUUCAGGGGGAGCACACAGCAGGGAGAUGGGAGACUCCAACAGUGAUGGCAAAACUGGGCUGGAGCAGGAUGAACAGCCACUGAAUCUCAGUGACAGUCCCCUCUCUGCGCAGCUAACUUCGGAAUACAGAAUAGAUGAUCACAACAGUAAUGGAAAAAACAAAUAUAAGAAUCUUCUAAUUUCUGACCUCAAGAUGGAACGAGAGGCGAGAGAAAAUGGAAGCAAGUCUCCCGCACAUAGUUACUCCAGCUAUGACUCUGGGAAAAACGAGAGUGUAGACCGAGGCGCUGAGGACCUCUCGCUAAACAGGGGAGAUGAGGACGAAGAUGACCACGAGGACCAUGACGAUUCAGAGAAAGUUAAUGAGACAGACGGCGUUGAAGCCGAGCGGCUGAAAGCUUUUAAUAUGUUUGUCAGGCUGUUUGUAGAUGAAAACUUGGACCGAAUGGUCCCAAUCUCUAAGCAGCCCAAAGAAAAGAUCCAGGCUAUCAUUGACUCAUGCAGGCGACAAUUCCCUGAGUAUCAAGAGCGUGCCAGAAAACGUAUACGUACUUACCUCAAGUCCUGCAGGCGGAUGAAAAGAAGUGGUUUUGAGAUGUCUCGACCUAUUCCUUCCCACCUUACUUCAGCAGUUGCAGAGAGUAUCUUGGCUUCAGCUUGUGAGAGUGAGAGUAGAAAUGCCGCCAAGAGGAUGCGUCUGGAGAGACAGCAGGACGAGUCUGCUCCAGCUGACAAGCAGUGUAAACCAGAGGCGACCCAGGCCACUUAUUCAACAUCAGCUGUUCCAGGCUCACAAGAUGUGCUGUACAUCAAUGGAAAUGGGACCUACAGUUACCAUAGUUACAGAGGGCUAGGAGGGGGACUGCUAAAUCUGAAUGAUGCUUCCAGCAGUGGACCCACUGAUCUCAGCAUGAAGAGGCAGUUGGCGACUAGCUCAGGAUCCUCCAGCAGCUCUAACUCCAGACCCCAGCUGAGUCCAACUGAAAUCAAUGCUGUGAGACAGCUUGUUGCAGGAUAUCGAGAAUCUGCUGCAUUUUUAUUGCGAUCUGCAGAUGAACUGGAAAAUCUUAUUUUACAACAGAACUGAAUCAGAUGACAACCAUAUUCACUGAGGUCUAAAUUUGCAGUUUCCACUAAUGACAUCUUGAUUUCCCAACAGAGAUACUUCUGAUCUUACUGCACAGUCUUUUAAGAGAAAUACUUCCAUUAUGCCACAUUGUCCUUGAUCCAUAAAGUGAUAUGUUAAGGUGCUUCAAAGGAACUCUGACCUCUGAAGUACUUGAGAUACUUUAAUAUGUCCAGCCUAUUGCUUUUUGUCGUAGUGUGUCAGCAUAAAUAUCAGGGGCAUAAAAGGCUAUCUAUCCUUAAUUCAAGGAUAAAACAGAAGAAGCUUGUGGUAUAAAACAAUAGUUCAAGAUCCAACUGAAAUAUUAGUGGAAUUUGCUACUGACUCAUUGAACUGAAAGCUGAAGUACCUGGCAAAAAACAAAACAAAACAAAACAAGCCAAAUUUCUUGUUGCUACAGGAUAUAACAACAAUGAAAGGGAUCUUGUAUUUUAAAAAAAAAUAUGUAAUUUUUAUAAAAAGAAAACUUGUUUUUCAUUCAAAAUUGUCAUUUUUACUUUGGUAACUUUUUCAUAGGUCCUAAAAGAAAACUGUUUUGAGAAACUACUGUAAGUACCUUUUCCACAUCCCUUUGCCUUCUCCUCUUUCCAAACUCUUUCUACAAAAAUAACACUUGAUGCUGGAAAAACCCUUGCCUACGUUCUUUAAAUCGUCACAUCAGGAACUACUUCCAAGAGAAGCCUGCAUUUCUGCACUCAUGCUGAUCUCAAAAACCCCACUCAACACUGCAACUUUACUAUAGCAGUUUUCAUCCCAGAAUUUUUUUAAAAUAUUAAAAAAAGACAUGUUAUUGAAAAAAAAUCACACCUUGGUUUCUUAGAGCUGCUCGUUCCUGAUUGCCGCUGCUGUAUCCAGGCAUCCCUCUAGCAGCAACUGGAUGUAGAUGACUGAAUGUUAAGAGGUUGCAAGUGACAAUCUGAAAAUUUGCACUCUUGUGUGUAGUUUUCUUUACAUUUCUCUCUUUCAGAAAUAGUUUCCAAAAAAGACCAUUACAUCUCCUGAUAUGAUUUGUAUAAUUUUCACUUCUAGCUAAAAAUAAUGUAAAGAACUCUCAGCGGAUGCAGCUGCAACUUACAAUGAACUGUGCCCUCCUAUUCCCCAUACUUUGCCCUUCUUUCUUACUUUAUAGUGUGGGAUACACAUGAGUGGUGUUUUCUUUGUGCACUAAGGCAAGCUUAUUUUUAAAAUAUUUAGGGAGAAGUACUUUAGUUCAUGCUUCUUGUACAACUUUUUUCUGUUGUUUAGCUUUGGUUGGAUUACAAAUUCUUUGUGCAUUCCUGAAUUUGCCUUAUUUCAUGUAAAAUUUAUGUCAUUCAGUUUUUGACAAAGAGUUUGAGACAUCGGUGAUAUUUCUCAUCUACUUGUUACAUAUAGUUUUUCAAGUAAUGACUGUGAUUGUGACCGAGUAAUGUGCACUUUUUCUUGUAACUGUGGACAUUGCUAUGCUUUUUUCUUCUAGUGUUUCUAGAAUUACUGUUCCUUACAGUUAUGUAAACAAAAAACAAACACAAAAAAAACUUUUGUGAUACUGUUGGUGAAUAUAAUGUGAAAAUCUUAUUGAAAUCUGAGUAUUUUGGAAAUACAUAGAUGCAUAAACAUCUUUAAGAUGUG